UCUAGUCCCCCAGCUCAUCCUGGCCGUCCGAUCAAUAAUACUGAGCCCAGCUGCCCAAGACCUCGAAUCGCGCCCUUCUCUUGUCUUGUGAAUCUGUGAGAACCCCGCAUCCAUGGCGGCGGCGGCGGCGGCCUCCUCGGGCUGGCUCCGGCGAGCGGCGGGGACAGUCCCGCGCAUUCCAUGCGGACUCGUGACCGCACUCGUCCCGACCCCUCCUCCACCCGCUGCUGCGGUGGUGUCCGAGGCCCCCGCGCUCGCGCUCCCUUCCCACGCCGCCGUCGCCAUGGAGCUCAUGGCUGUUCCCAAGAAGAAGGUUUCAAAGUAUAAGAAGGGCCUGAGGAAUGGGCCAAAAGCCCUGAAGCCUGUUCCUGUAAUUGUCCGCUGCAAGUGCUGCGGUCGGGUGAAGCUGCCACACUUCUACUGUUGCAGCGGCGAAAGAGGGAACCCUGGAUCUGAGAGCUCGUAAUAUAGCCUUCAAGACUCUGAAGUCGAGAGUUCAUAGCGGAUGCAGAGAGGGGGAAAAACACCAGGACCCCAUUCCAGUAAAAUCAGUCAAGACUCCACUACCUGUCUCCUGAAAUCAAAGCCAUUUCUUCAUCUAUGUGAGUCCUGAAUCAGUGUUUAACUUUUGACUGCUUUUGUCAUUGGGUAAUAAUAAGCGCUGGAAGUCUUAGCUGAUAUCAUGGUUGACAAAAAAGAAAAAAAAAUAUGCAUAUUGCUAGUACCUCCUUAUUGUUUGUCUGGUGAAUGUGGCCGUGUUUGUUUGAUUCUAGAGAUUCACCGAUCAAGAGCAGUGAACUUGUGAUAAUGAUACCAGCAGCGGCGGAGCCAUAAAUUUCUUGUGCCUAGGGCUCAAUUAAUUUUAUUUUCA